AUGAGCUUUUUGGCAUGGCUGGUGGCAGUUGCAGCCUCCGAAGCGCAGCCGCAGGGAGGCCCGCAGCUUUGCUCGCUGCGGCCGCCGCUGCCCAGGCUGACUGAUGAGCAGACGCAGCGAUUAGACCGCCGGGCUGCUUCUGCAGAGACAUCCUCCAGCAUCUGCCAGCAGGCAGACUCCUGGAACUUCGUGGAGGCCACAGCUGAGAGGAUUAUUUGGGAAGGAAGGCUGUUCAAUUCCAACCUCGAUGAGGAGCAAGUUCUGCAGCGUGCCACUUCAACCUACGAGGAAUGUCCUGGUGCUUUGCUCUUGGCACUUCUCGCCUGCGCGGCGCGUGCAGCAGCUGCCCGAAGUUUGGCCAUGCUAGACAGCUGGGAAGAUGCCUUUGCGGCCUGGAACAGCCUUCCGUGGACCAAGCCUUUGGCAUGGCACAACCUGCAGGAUCCUCUUGUUCGCCCAGCUCUCUAUGCAGCGGUGUCCCAGACAAAGGUGUUGAGGGCGUGCCUCACACGUCCGGAGGACAUUUGCAGCAAGGUGGUGAUGAUCGUAAUGCAGCAUUUGGAGCAUGCAGCGGGCAUGUCAUUGACGGUGUCGAGGGAGGCUUUUAGUAACCUCCCUGGCCAUUCGCAGCUUUCGCAGUCGCUCCUUGUCUUGACGAACUAUGCCCACCUGCUUACCGCCACUGACCUCUGUUCAGGGGCCAGGCUACUGGCACACCUCUUCACAGCCAGAAGGCUUAUCGACCUUGUCCCUGACAUCGGUGAGCAGCACGUGGCGGAGGCCCAGCUUCUCAUAGAGAAGCUCCACACGAAUGGCACCCUCUACGGGGACUUUGCUGGUGCUUGCAAUUCGCUCAGUAGAGACCUAGAAGUCCACCGGCGCUGGCUGAAGGCCGAACCUUCGUUGCCAGAGCUGCCACAGGUCGCCCGGGGCAUGGAGGAGCUCUUGCUCUGGGAGCGAGGCUUGGCCCCCGUCUUCUCCGAGUCCCAGAAAGACCUGGUGCUGGAGCGGAUCUUUGGCAUGAUCGGUACGUCUAGCCGUUUCUAUGUAGAAGUCGGGACGCAGUCUGGGGAGCAGUGCAACACGCGAUAUCUGAGAGUGCGCUACGGCUUUCACGGCAUCAUGUUGGAUGACAACUUCCGGAACAAGCACGUAAACUUGAACCGGCAGUUCAUCACCCCGGCGAAUGUGGUGCAAAUUUUUCGGGAGCACAACGUACCUCAGCGCUUCGAUCUCCUCUCCCUGGACACCGACGGCUACGAGUGGCUGCUCUGGCUCAAACUGAAUGAAGCCGGGUAUGCCCCGCGGGUCGUGGUGCUGGAGUAUGGGGAGAACCUGCCGUACACUGAAGAUGUUAUCAUCCGGUACACGACCUUCCCCGUCCACCGGCUCUGCCUUUCACAGCUGCAACGAUUUCCGAAGGUGUCUGGCGCGAGCAUUACGAGUCUGCUCAAACUGGGGCGAGCUUGGGGCUACCAUUUGGUCCACCUGGUGGCCUGUGGCACCAGCGACCUCAUCUUCAUCCGCGAGGAUGCUAUGGGCGGGCGCGCCUUUCCCGCACAGAACGACGCCGUGGCCUUGUGCCGCUUGAGCGCCUACCAGUGCGAGGCGAGUGAGAUUUGGUGUGCGACGCAGUGGCCGGGAGCAGCACCUCCGAGCCAGGACCUGCGAACCACCGCUGAGCUUGCACUGGCCGGGAACUACCAACUUCAACAUUCCUGGCCGAUGGAGAGGUUGCGAGAGGAGCUGUGCUAG